GUCAUUUUCUAUAUGUUUGACAUGUUUAUGAUAUGUACACAAAACAAGGACAAUACAUACGAAUAAGCAUAAUAUUGCAACAUGGACAAUAAUAAUAAACGAGAAAAUUCCAUUUUAACUUUUAACGUAACAUACUCAAUUACCAAUUCUUUGUACUCCUUUUCAAAAGUAACAUAUAACAACAUAUAUUAGAAUCGGGAGAACAAAGAAUUACAAGUUCCAUGAAAAGGUCAAAGAAAACUAGAACACAUGAAAUGAUAUAAAAAAUCUAACUCAUGUUUGCACAUUAAGUGAACGUUUAUAUUAUUCAUUUAUUGUUAAUUAUAAUGUAUAAUAGGUAAAUUUGAGGGCAACCUUGGAAUAUUAAAAGUGCAUGAGGGUAUAUGGGUAAAAUCUCAUCAAUGAUUUAUGCCAUAUUCCAAAUCCCACAUCAACAUGUGGGAUUUAUAAGUCCGUGGGCCCCACGGAUUUGGUCUCCAAAAAAGGUGCAAGCAAACAACGGAUUGUACCUAAAUCCUUGAUAGUUGGUUUUUUGGUGCCAAAUCCAUGUACCAAAUCCUUGAAGCAAACAACCCCUAAAUUUUCAUUAACUAAUAAAUCAGCCUUUUAGUUAUGGGGAUUGCUAUUGGUCGUCCUAAUAUUACUAUCCAUCGUCCUAAAUUUAAUAUAUAUUUACUAUUUUGUCCAAUUUAAAAUUUUAAACCAAAUCAGCAAACAAACCCCACCCGUACCACCUUCCUCCCGCGUUGCUAAUUCCCAUUGGAAUCCUUAGCCCGACAUUACCUUCCUCCCGCUGGCCCACCUCCACUGACUGUCGCUGAUGAACAAAACAAUGCGUUGUCCGGCUGCCACAACCCACGACGAACCUACCUCCAGCGAAAAGAAGACACUCGUCGCCCGACCGCGCCGCCAAUCACCUUUUCGCCAGCGAAGACAACCGCAAAAGGUAAAACCGGCAAACCCGUGUUCCACGUUCAUCUCCCUCCAAACCUUCUGUUUCCCAUUAGUUGAAAUGCAGAAAAGAACCCUUUUAACCACUUGUCAAAACGCCGCGGCGUGUGCUUUUAACCUCUGGUAGAAACGCAACAAAACACGCGUUUGACCACUGACUGAAACGCAGCAAAUCACAUUUUUAACCACUGGUCCAAACGCUGCAAAACAUGUGUUUGACCACUGGUCGAAACGCGAAACACUAUGCAGUUGUCCUUUGUCCUCCAAACGCAGCAAAGUGUGCGGUAGUCCAAUGCUUGAAUCUCAAAAGGGAUCAUACGUGAGUCAACCAAGGUUUUGCCCAUCGGUCAAACGUUGCUAUAGUGAUGUUAUCGACGGAUAAAAUGGAAUAUCAGUACCACCGGUCAAACGCAGCUCAAAUUUUGUUUUAACCGGAGGUUAAACGUAGCAACAUCAAUGUUGUCCAAAGGCAUAACGAGGUUGGACCCGUGUUUGACCAAUUAGUAAAUAGCCGCCACUUACCUCUGCUUUUUAUGAUUCUCAGGUGAUGUCGGCGUGUAGAAACUACGGCAGGUUGGGAGCCGAGCAAGGGGGAGCGAUGGGAGCUGAGCAAGGCAGCAGGAUAAAAGCAGAUUCGUCGAACGUAUGACAUACAAGCCUGCGUAAGAGGAAUGAUGGUGUGUCGCUCUGACUCGGUUCGCCGGCGGGAUGGCAGAGCAAGCCGGCGGGAGAGGGCGGCAGGUGCGGAUUUGCUGCUUUUUUCUGGGCUGGAAUUCCGGAUUCGUUAUUUUCCUCUGCUUGCUGAGCUGCGGCAGAGACUUCAACGGUUGAUUAGCUUUGUUCCCAUUCGCCGGCGGGAGAGAAGAGAUUGUGCGAGGGAGAGAGAAGAGGAGACACCGAAAGAAAGAUGUGUGGUGGACAGGGAGGAGUGGUUUUAAUAAUUUUAAGUUAGGAAGUGUUUGAUUCGGUUAAAAUUUCAAAUUUAUAUUGGACAAAUAUGUAAAUUACCUUAUAAUACUAGGACGACAAAUAGUAAUUGUAGGACGACAUUUAGCAUUUCAGUUAGUUAUUUUCCAUCUAUUUUUCAUUCAAAUUUGCACAUAUUCUCAAAAUUCAAAUUAAAAAAAUGUUUGCAUCGUCUAGCUUAGGGCACAUAGAAUGAUUAAUGUUUAGUUGCUUUGCGAUCCGCUCAUCGAUUUCGUCGGGGAGAAGAGAACCUGUGGAAAGACGGGGAUGCCCACGAAUUAUACUCUCACGAUCAAGUUAGUAUAUUGUAGAGAGAUAUGAGAGAGAAUAUUUAGAGAGAUAAAGUCUAGUGAGAGAACCAAAGUGUAAAGUGAGGGGGGAGAAGUUUAGACAUCUCCUUGGAGAGCUUGGAAGCUCUUAUAUAACCAUAGUGAGCGCGAGAGUAUUCCGUUUAAAGUCGAUCAACAAACAGGUUAAAGUAAUAAAUCGAAGAUCUCGCGUAGAUGAAUAAAAAAUAGCUUCUUGACUUUGUCCGUGUCAACAAACAAUUCGAAGGCGUCGCAGUUGGGCAUCGCCAGUUAGGCAUCAUUGUUGGGUGUCGCAUGUUGGACGUCGCUAAUGGGUAAACUGCAGGGGAUCUUGGCGAACUGCAGGGGAUCUUGGCGAACAGUUCGAAGGAAGAAGAAGGUUAGCUUACGGCAAAACGACAGAGUCAUUUAAGUCCUUCUGACUAUUUUCAAGCCUUCACGUAAUCACAAUUAAUUGGUUUGGGCCGUUCGUGGAGAAAUCAAACACUAAGCCCAAACGAAGAAUAAACUAAAGCCUAGUCUUAAAACUCGGGUUUCAUUUUGCCUUGUCCCUCUAUCACUUAUGUAUAGUGUAUGUGUAUGUGCCUGCUUCCAAAGUUUGCCUAAAGAGAGUCAUCUUUCAGCCAUCAAAUGCAUCUUUAGAUAUCUCAGUGGAACUCCUAUUCUAGGAUUAUGGUACUCUUGUCACUCCAGCCUAAAACCAAUAGGGUACUUUGAUUCUGACUAUGCUGGUUGCAUAGUGGAUCGCAAAAGCACGUCAGGAACGUGUCAUUUCCUAGGAGCCUUUCUGGUCUCCUGGUUCAGCAAGAAACAAAAAUGUGUUGCUCUUUCAACCGCUGAGGCUGAAUACAUUGCGGUUGGCUGCUGUUGUACUCAACUUCUAUGGAUGAAGCACCAUUUGCUGGACUAUGGUUUGGAAUUAGGGUAUGUUCCAGUUCUUUGCGACAACACUAGCACCAUUGAUAUGUCAAAAAAUCAUGUUCAACAUUCUCGCACCAAACACAUAGAUAUUCGUUACCAUUUCCUUAGGGAUUUAGUAGAUGAAGGAAAAAUUACUCUUGAGUUUGUUCCAACUUCGUGUUAAUGGGCAGAUAUAUUCACUAAAACUCUAUGACCUGAUUCGUUCUUAAUGAUUCAACAAGAAUUAGGGUUGUUUGAUUGGUCUGACCUCCGGUAAAGGAAAGAUUGUCUGUAGGUUCCCUACUCUUUAGUCUCACGUUCUCUCCUUUCCCCUAACUCUUCUGAACUUCCUCAUUUAGGCGACUAGGAUAUCCCAACCUUUCUAUCUUCAUUCACCCUCGAUUCCCCUAUCAUAAAUUUCUCCUAACCUUCCUUCCUUCGCACAACUUGGCCCUUACGCAUUCUCUUCUGUAAAUAUCAACUCACAUUGUAAUGUCCCAUCAUUUUCUCUCAAAAACAAAUUCUACGUUUGUCUAGCUCCUCACAAAUGGCGACAGCCAAUCUCCAUGUGGCCCUCCAGCUUGCUCAAGCAACUAUCUUCAAUGGAAAAUGCUUUGAGAACGCUGAGAACUAUGCUCGAUACCUCCUCAAGUAUCGGGAUCGUGAUCUCUGUCCUUUGAUCUGGAUCCAUCAUGCUUCAAUAGGUAUGACAUGAACAUCCUUUCCCUAAUCAAAUAUCUUGGCUGGA